UCUGCCUGUAUAAAACGAGAAGUUCGCGAAAAAGAAAAUACAGAUGGAGAAGUCCAACCGGCUCUCAUUGUCACAGAGAGUCCCAGUGUGCCUCCGCGACCACUCCUACUGUGUCCCGCUGUGACAAUCUCAACCGGCAUCAUGCCCACGGUUUUUGUGCUUUGUCUCACGGCCAAUCUGGUUUUAUUAGCGCGAUUCGUUGCCGCCGUGGGUCCGGUCGUCCGAUGCGAGCCAUGCGACGCCGUAGCGCUUCUGCAAUGCAAGCCUCUGCCUAAGGACUGUGCAGUGCGGGUGAGGGAGCCCGGCUGCGGCUGCUGCAUGACGUGCGCCCUAGGCCAAGGGCAGGCUUGUGGAGUGUACACGGCGCGCUGCGGCUCAGGAUUGACCUGCCAGCACCAACCGGGGGAGAUCCGACCCCUGCAAGCUCUGCUAGAAGGACGGGGAGUAUGUACGAGCAAGGCGUCUAAAAAGCUCAACACUGUUCUCGUUCCGGCGCAAAAACAAGACCAUGGCCGAAAUCAGGAGGAUGGCUCCACCAACAAGACAGCCACAAUGACUGCGUUGCCUGGUUUAUCAACUGUCAAGACGGGGCAGAGUCGAGGUGUGACGGACAUCAGGCCCUCAUUACACAACAAGCUGAUCAAGAAAGAUCAGAACAGGAAGACCCACAGCUACAAGGUGGAAUCGGUGUCAGAAGGAGCCAAUAUGGAUAUGCAAAACUUCUCGGUGGAGAACAAAAGGGAGACUGAGUAUGGACCGUGUCGGCGGGAGAUGGAGAGCAUCCUAAAUAAUCUCAAAAUCAGCAAUGUACUCAACCCAAGAGGCUUCCGCAUACCCAACUGUGACCGAAGGGGUUUCUAUAAGAAAAAACAGUGCCGUCCAUCCAAAGGCAGAAGGCGGGGAUACUGCUGGUGUGUGGACAAAUACGGGCAGCCCCUGCCUGGCUAUGAUAGCAGGGAUCGCGAUGAGAAACAGUGCCACAACCGGGAGAGCCAAUGAGACGACAGAAUGACUUAGAGUGGGGCGGAGAAGAAAGAAACAGGGGAAAGGUUGGAGCACAGCCUUUUCCAACUGGCUAAACACCUACCGUGCACGUUCCGUGCUAUGGGUUCCCCUAUCUUUAAAAAAAAAAUGAACAAGCUAAAUGCUGACAAAACUUGGAAAAGCGAUAAAUGUAUUAUCUGCACUAUUUUGUUAGGGUGGGAGAGCGAUAGAGGAGGGAAUUUUCCACUCACUUUAAAGUGACUUAUUUGUGACUGUGACCCCAAAAAUGCAGCGCCAUCAUAUCAAUGUGUGUCUGUCUGUGAAUGUGCCAUCGUGAAUUUGUCCGUGCUUGUCUUGAAGUGUGAGCGCUUGCAUUACAUGUAUGUCUGCACAGCAGCAUGACUGUGCAAGAGGUUGUAGAAGUGUGUUUUUCCCCCCAAAAAAUAUCUGUGUAACUGAUAUAGAGUAUAUCACCAAGCUAACGGGCCCUAUCUCGAGGUCCUGUGCCGUCGAACAAUGCAGAAAAACUGCCUCAGGGUCCAUUUUCAAGAGACGAAUUAUGGCAGAUCAGGGCUAUGUAGCCACACAUAGGCCAACCAAAGGCUUUCCUUGCUGCUUCAAGCACAUCCCUUUUCAUGCUACAGCCUACAGGUGCAAAUGAACAGAUGCAAAAUGUGCAGUUAUAGUGCCUUAAUCAUAACCUUGACAUGUCUCUCCUUCCUACAUGCAUCAGUGUAACUCUUUGGGUAUUUAGUACAUCCCUGCAUGUUUACAGGUACAGUAUAUGCAUGCUCAAGUUUCCCUCGUGCACUUUAAAGGUACACAGCAGGUGUGAAAACACAUUUACUAAAUUAAACUAAUUCUAAUUGGCUUAGAGAUUGGAGAAAUGAUGGCAUCCUUGAGAAACAAAAAUGAACAUGGAGAGAAUACACAUGCGGCUUUUGCUUGUUUUGUCUUGGAAAAAAGCUUCAUGAUUGUCUUUAUUCUUAUCAGGUUUUGGAAUGCACAGUGUGUUUAAAUGUUGGAGGUAAAAGAUCAAGUCCAAAGGAAUACAGUGUUUCCUCUAGGUUUACAACUUUGGAGCAGCGGGUGGAUGGGAAUCUCAAUAUGCAAGUUAGCAGCAUGGCCAACUCUAAUGCAGUCGCUCCUCAAUCGUCAGUUACAGUUGGGGUGUACAUGUACAGUAACGGUACAGUGAGGUCAAUUUUUUUAUAGACUGAAAACAUUUGGGUUUUACAGCAAAAUACUAUUGAGACCAGAGAGCAACAUUUUAUCUUUAUUUCCAGAUUUUUACAUCUGGAUGCGAUGGACAAUGAACAAGAUAUCACCAUCCUAUAGAAUUGCUUCAGUUAGAACUGAAUGUCUAUGCGGAGUUUGAGAUCGGGUAGAAGUAGACAGCAUUUAGAGGUGAAAACAAAAUGAAAGUAAGAGCUGUCUGGGUAUAAAACAAGCAAUGAAUUUACAGAAGAUGUAAAAUCGGCUUUUCCCUUCAGGGGUUGCCACAGCAAACCAAUCUCCUCCAUCCAACCCUGUCUUCUGCAUCUGUCUCUCUCACACCAACUACCCUCAUGUCCUCCUUCACAACAUCCAUAAACCUCCUCUUUGGUCCUCCUCUUUGAUCCUUCUACCAAUAUAUUCACUAUCUCUCCUCUGGACAUGUCCCAACCAUCUCAGUCUGGCCUUUCUGACUUUAUCUCCAAGGCCUCUAACAUGUAAUGUCCCUCUGAUGUCCUUGUUCCUGAUCCUAUCCAUCCUGGUCACUCCCAAUGAGAACCUCAGCAUGCUCAUUUCUGCUACCUGGAGUUCUGCUUCCUGUCUUUUCCUCAGUGGCACUGUCUCUAGACCAAACAGCAUUGUUGGUCUCAACCAUUGCACAAAUAUUGUUUAAAGCCAGUACCACCAUGAAACGUGAAAAACGGGUGGGUUCAAAUAAAAGGUGCGAUCUUCUAAGUUGUGCAUCCGAUCCAGAUAGCUUGAAAUAAAAGCCGAAACAUUGCUCUCUGGUCUUCUAAUCAUCGUUUGAUGACAAACCCAAAUGGUUUCUGGAAGGCACUGUAAGCUGUGGAUUGCAGAGAAUUGGGGUUGACGAAACUGAUACAAACACGUGAACACAUGGAUGCAUGCAGUGUAGGCGACUGUCUGCGCUCGCUCCUCCACGGCAACAUUUUAAAAACUUUCAGUGAACAUAAAGACGUGUCAUUUUUGUAAGAAAUUGUAAGCACGUGACCAUGUCGAAAUUACUGCUGUUGUGUGUAUACGGUAAAUCAGAUACACCCAGCCUCCCUACUAUGAUGGUAGAGGAAACACUGGAAUAUUUCUUUUAAGGUGUUCAAGUGCCACAAUGUAGCUGAAGGGAUCUGUGUGGCCUUUUCUUGUCUGUUGCCAUCACCGACUUUUCUCAUCCAUCCAUGAUGCUUUUCCCAUCUCUCGAAGCUCACUCAUCAUUGUCUGGCUUACUGAUUCAGUGCUGAGAUUCCACAUGUGUUCAACCUACACGGUCUCCGUUCCACCUAUCACCUCUAGCUCCAUGCUGCCCUCUCUAGCCCUCCGCUCCUCCUGUCAUGUAAGUUGUAACCUGGUGUGACAGGGUUUCCCCACCACAGGUGCCAGCUGCCCCUAUGCUACAAGCACGAGCACUUAAAGCACUUUAGCUGCACCUCGGCAAAAAGAAAAAUUGACCUAUUUGCAUCUGCGUACUUUUCCUUAAAGCUAAUCUAGGAUAAAACAGUGUGGGGAAUGGAAGCCACACCAGGACUUCUGACAGCUAAUUUAUAGUGAAGGCCCUCUAGAAAUGUUCCAUUCAAUGCAACUAUUGUUGUUUUUGUGAUCCUUGAUUUUGUAAGAUCAUUUGCCAACAAAUGGACAUGGCACCAUCCUGUGUAAGACUUGAAAAGUGAACAAAAAGAAUCUUACCCAGUAGCUUGGUAGCAUUCUAUGGGUUGUACACGUCCUCUAAUAGACAGCAACAACCUCCGCCCAGCCUGUUGGUGCUAUGUCCCAUCGAUUCAAAGACUUGAUUUAAGGGCAGGAACAUAAAAGACAAAUGUUUAAGCUACUUCCACCAUAAUAUUUGUGUGUCUUUGUUGUAUACAUAUUAUUUCCUGGCCAGCUAUGUGUCUGACUAGAGUCCAUGUACAGUACUUAAAAGUAUGAGUUAUUUAUCUAUAAAAAAGAAAAAUUAUAAGCUGAUCCAAACUACAGUAGAUUUCUUAAAAACAGUGACUCUCCAAUUGCACAGCAAACUCUUAACAUUUCAUUGUAUUUGGGGGAAUAUAAUCACUAAUGAAUGUUUUAUUCUUAAUAUGCAAAUUCUUCUGUUGCUUAUUAUCUUUACUGCCUCAUAAGUCUGGUGACUUUCUCAGGAAGUCAUUUCUGUCCGUGUAACUAGGUCUGAACUUCUCCGAAUGGGUGGGCGAUACUGCAAAUUUUGGUAUCAAUCCAAUACCAAGUAAAUACGGGGCCAGUAUUGCCGAUGCCAAUCCUUUUUACUUGAAAUUGUUCAAGAUCAUUGAAUGAUUUUAAGAUUCUCCCUUUAAUUUGGUGAGCAUGAUUAUAAUCUGAAAAAACAUGGGGAUACAAUCUUUAAUCAAAUAAAAUAAAUCCUUUAUUCUCUUUUAUUAAACACAAUUGUUCAAACAAAAUAAAGUCAGUUCGUUUUUUGACCCCAAAGCCCUCCGGUGUCCAAAGACUUAUUCCCUGAGGUGAUAUUUAUAUAAUACAUGAUUAUUUUAAAUAUCAAUAUAUAAGUAUAACAAGCAUUGCUUCUUCAGUGUUCAUAGAAAAUAAACAUAGACAAGAACUGAAAAAUAUCGAUCUCAACACACAAGGUAAUCAAUGCUAUCAAUAUUUGAAUCGAUGUGUUCACCCCCCUGAACUCUACUUGUUCAGUUUUGACCUAUUUGCCCACUUGCCACGUUAAGGAUCACUGUGUGCACCGUUUUUAUUCCAGUGUAUGGUUCCUAAGUUGAAUUGUCCUUUUGGAGUCAAGCUUUUCUUGAUGCUAAACCAGAAAGCUCACCUGUAUCGUUUUACCCGAGAAAGGAAAUGGUUUGAUUCAAGUUACAAAUUUGUAUUUAAUGUCUUUUUUUAAAUAAAUAA